AUGCACGCCUUCUCAACUCCACCAAACCAGUAUGAGAUUGAAAGCUGGUUACUCCCUCAUCCCAAUGUUAGGCGGCUGCAGGGCGCAAGAGGCUCAGCCCCUAAGAGGCACUCCUUGCAAUUUAUGACCCCGUUUGUGAAGGAAACCAGGGAAAAAGAAACGAGGGCAAGGCUGCAAAAAGGUCACAGGAGAUGGCAUUCCAAUGGACAUCAGAUCCUUCAAGAUGGGCCCCGAGGGGGAAGAGAUACCAAGGGUAAGGGCGAGAGCCUGGGGGUUGGCAAUUUCAAGACCGCGCCGGAGUGGUCAAGGGCCCUUGGGCAUCACCCAGACCUACCCCCGGCAUAUGACGAGUAUGAGGCACCCCGAAGACAGCGCAACCUUCAUGGACAUCAUCUGGUUGUGGGCGACAGGCAUCUUCGAGGAGAUGGGGUGGAGGGAAUGGAGUCGGGAAGGGGCCGGGGUGACGGCAAGCUGGGCACAUCAGAGCCCAAGCAGCGCUUCUCGGCCUUCGGGGUGCCUCCUGGAGUUGAGGAUCAGAGUAGAGGGGACGGCAAGAAGCGCCACAAGAGGUGCCGUUCCCACGGCCAUCUAUACUCGACGCUGGGAGCCGGUACACUCCCUGAGAAGGAAUUGAAGGAGCUCAUCGGGGGCUUCAGCAGCACGAGGGGCAGGCAUGGGAGGUUCUUGAUCAUGGAUGACCUCUCAGGCCCCUCGAAUGAUGCAGGUGGUGUGAAUAGGAAUCACCAAAGCAGCUUGGAGUACCAGCACCCAAAGAAUGACACUUGGCAGCAGGAUGUCACCGAGUCUGAUGCUGAGGAGGAGCCUGGUCCAGCAUUUCUAGGCUCCCUCGACUACCACAAUUUCCUUCAUGGGUCUUCCGGCGCCAGAGCGACUUCUUCCUCGAAGCUCACCACUCCCGCAAGCACAGCUGUUCACACAAAGAUCAGCGAGUCAAACAAGAUAGAACUUGCUUUGGGUGACUUGAGUGACCAUAGACCCGCCUUCAAGUUCAACUCGACCCAGCAAUCUCCGGUCUCGAAACUUCGCCACCAAGUCUCUCAGUCUCUGUCCCACAAGCCUUCCUCGAAGGCAAUCAAGCCUGAUCUGCCUGAAACGACAGAGGUUCCUGCCACCCUGACCUCUUCGACCAUCAGCCUAUCCUCUUCACUCACGACUGCGCCUCUCCUUCGAGAAGGAACCUUGCGAAGCAUCCCCUCAGGCCCACUUAGCACUAUUUCCUCCAAGGAGAUAGAUCCGGACAAACUCCAGCCUUUCAUCGGUCCUCUUCUGCCACAAGCCCCCCCUCCGACCCGACCCCUCCCACAACUUCCAUUUCCUUCGCCAGUGAAGCGACGCGAACCCAUUAAGAAGUUGUUUGUCAACAUUGGAGGGCAGGCAGAUGGCAGCGAGCAGGUGGUCGUGAAUGAAGACACGAAUAUGAGUAUGGAGGAGGUGGCGGAGCGUCGUGUCAGUGAGAAGAAGAUAGGCAAAGGCCUGCGCAAGAAGAUAUCUCAAUUCUUUUCAAGCGACCAGCCGGCACGAUCAGCAGAUGCAGGUACUCCCACAAGCUACCAGCCACUCUCGCUCACGACCUCACAAGAAUCCGAGCGUAUCUCCUUAUCCGACAUUUUCGAUGAGGUUUACAACGCUGCUCGGACCUCACUCAAGCCUGGUCGCAGCUCUCAAAAUUUGGGCCGCAGCUCGUACCAGAAGCCCGAUCGUGGCUCUCUCUCUGAUGAAUCAGGCCAUUUCUUACCUUUACACGGUGCUUAUGAAUCUAUGCAAGCUCCCCUGACUCCGCCAUCCGCGUCGCUUUACAUUGAACCUCCUCCUCUAAUCGACCACCCGGCUGUUCGCGGCGAUCGCAAGAUCCAAGAAAGACUGGGACUAAUCAAUGAACGGUCUGUCGCCGUUCCCGGCUCUGGCGACCUGAUUCAGCCCCUUGACGUUCCUGCGCAGUCAGUCAGCCGCAGGCGCCUGGCUGAGAUUGACACCGGUACACCACUGGAUUUUCUCGGAUCAGCAUUGCCUGCGCCAGGGGCUGCGGGCAGAGCAAGGCUUGUGAAGCAGGAGUCCGAGUCGACCAUAAUUGCAGAUACAAUCCAAGAUAUUGACCCCUCUCCAGCUUUCGAUCGAACCGUCGACCUCACAUGGUUCGAGCACGCAUUAAGCGUGUUUGUUGCGAAGUAUGCCAAAGGGCGGCCUUCCAAGAAGUACAAUGGAAACAAGAGGUUUUCGUACUUUGCACUGCCAGACAAGCUUCGAUUCGAGGUAAUGCGGCACCUUUUUGCUGACACUUACACCGGCAAGCCGAUUCUGCUGAACACCAAACGUCAGGCAUGCCCCGCUUGGCCAGACGACGCCUUUGAUAGCCUGGGCUCCGUACUCAAACCUCUAGAGGCCAUCAUGUGGGCCUGUCCGCGUCUCCGAGCCGACGCUAUGGUCGUGCUGUUAUUGACUCGCAAGUUUCAUGUCAUUUUCAGCCCUUUUGUCAAGGAACGCUCGCAGCCUCUACCAACCACGUGGUUCUUCCGUUAUCUGCAUCUGAUGCAGGAUGUAAGCCUCGAGCUUGACAUGACGAAACUGGGAUUUGGCAGCAGCUGGGGCGCAGCUGGUGUGGACCCCAAAAUUGAUAAUAUCCAUGAACUCGUACGCAAAUUCACAGCAGAGAUAUUCACCCGCGGCCCGGCCAACACCCUGAGCUGCUUGACUGUUCAUUGCCGCCGAUAUUUUGGAUAUCGCCAGGGGCGUCAUGAGGACGCCGAAAAGUAUCCGCUUAUUGGAGAGGAGGAUAAGGCUCGCUCGGUCCUUCCUGGUCAGGCGCGAAACUACGACCACCGAGCCCCAAGCUUGCCUCCCUCGGCUGCGAGACCAUAUUCCGGACACCUUCGUCACCACGCCGAUCUGCCGCAUCGUGUUCCCUACGUCACUGAAGACCACCUCUCGGUUGCAAGUCCGCUGCGUACACUCACUGGCAGAGUUGAGUCCGUGCGUAUGGUGGGCUUUAGUGAGCAGUGGGUAUAUGCAACUCAUCUGAGCUUAUGGCCGGAGGCAGAGCGCGACGCUGUUCCGGAUGCAGUCAAGCACCAUCACAUUGACCGCCAAACUCCGUCUCGGCACUUGGACAUCGCUCCGGGCCAUGCUAUUUAUCUUGACUAUGGCAUCGACCACGGGGUGCACCGCUAUCCCCCGCUGCCGGAUUCCGAGCCCAGGGCUGAAUCGCAUAAGCAGUCGUCCAAUCUGCCAACUCCCUCUCGUGCCUCUGCGCCUGUCACCGAGCGUUUCGCCACGCCAGCUCAUCGCCAGUCUGUAGCAUUCGUGCCGCGUCCCUCACGCAUUCCCACACCCAGCUCCUGUAGAAUCAGCCCAACGAUGCAAGCGAUGCGGAAAGGCACCCCAGUGAAGGCAGCUGCAGUGCUAGGUCUUCCAGGCACUAUGAUUACGAGCAGCGCGGACGAGCUCCCUGCAACGCCGACCAAGCCUCGCAAGUUGGUGCCGAAGAGAUCCCUCUACUUCCUUGGUAAGAAGACCGAGUGA